AUGGCUCCCCGAGAAACGCCGAAAGCGGCACAUAAAGUACAACGUGUGAUAAGUAAAGCAACGAAAUCUAAAGCGUCGCCUAUUGCAACUUUGAAGAAAACAAUGACUUCUAAAAGUUGUACAGAAAAAAUGCUUAAAGCAAAUAAUUUAGCUGAACCAAGAGCUAGGACAAGCACAGUUCCUAAAGUAUCAACACCAAAGCCAAAGGAAAAUAGAGCUGCUCCCAUGCCAAGUACGACCUCAAAGAGUGCUAAGAAAUCUGCAUGGAAAAAACGACCAAAACCAGCUCACUCUGGAGUCCCAGUUCCUGAAAAAAUGAAGAGGUUGCUUGAAAAACAGUUACAAGACGCUGACUGUAGCCUCUAA